AUGGUGAUUGCAACAGGGGCAGCUGUGGCUGCCGCAGGCAUGACGCCAGGUGCUGCCACAAAGGUGUUCGAGUAUAACCGAGACAACUUUAUGGAAGAUCGCGAGCAGCGUAUGAAAAAGGAGUUUCAUGAGCGCAAGUAUCGCGUCGUCCAGGGGCAGCUCUGGCGCCAGGACGUGCGAGACUUUGUGUCCCUCACAGAGCAGAAGAUGUCCCUCUAUCUCAUCAUCAAUGUUCUGCUGCUCAGCUUCACGGUGACAAUGUGGGUCGAAGGUCAGCUGCCAGAAACCACUCCGGACUGGCUGGUCAUGGGCUAUCAGAUUGCCUCCGUGGUUGCCUUUUCCUACCUGGUGCUGACGAUUUGGCUCGCCAUGCAUGCGGCCAUCGCUGCGCAGAGCUAUCAGACCAGGGUGCUCACCCAAUUGGUGCGACUGCCAAUUCCGACCUGGGCGGAGCUAGAGGCCGCCCGUACUGCGGGCUCGGAGUUCGAGAAAGUUGAGUCCAGGCAAAUGUUCCGCGUGCCUUUCGUCACAGGGAAGCAAGAGGACUUUGUUCCAGGACAUGCCGCAUCUGACGUUGAUGACGUGUGCCCACCGGAAGAGUCUGGCAACACUGGCGGGCCAGAGCAGGUCUAUGCUGGAGUGGCCACGGACCCCUGGGGCCUUGAGCAGCGAGGAGAUGCAAUUUACGAGCUUGGCUGCUACAGUGGCGCAGAGGUCGCCAACUUGAGGCACGUGAAGCUGCUGCGCCAGGCCGCGGUCUACUGGCAGACGUAUGACGCCUUUGCACGGGUGUCUAUGAGUGUCGGCAUCAACCAACUUAUGCUCGGCAUGAGCUACUACAUUCUCGGGUCCGAGCCCAAGGUCUUGCCAAGCUACGGGAUGCAGAAGCUUUUGUUCUCAGAGCUGCAUCAUGUUGAAGAACCUAAGCAGAAGCAACCGAGGUAUGCCAUGCUAGAGGUGAAAGCUCCCCUUGCCGCUCUGGCGGGUGUCCUGGCCUUCAUGGGCUCGGCAGAGGCCACGGAAGCUGUCUUGAUCUGCCCGUGUCUGCUUGGGGAGUAG